CUACAGCCAACCUCUCGUUGACAAACCUUCCCUCGCGUGCAGCGGGACCACUGUCAGAGCACACGACGACAUGGGGCGACCAUUGACAGCGUUGGUCGCGGCCUGCGCCAUGGCCAACGCAGGAACGGUGUCAGCUUUUGCCCCACCUGGCCUCGCGGUAUCAGCUCGCUCCCGGUUUGUUGCUGCUAACUCGUGGACGUCGAGAUCAAGCGCACCAGCAGCGCGCCCUUCGGCGUCAGGGGCACGAGGGCUGCAGGCGAUGGUGGACCCGGGGAUGAUGCACGGGGUGGACCCGGCAUGGUUGCACCAAGUCCUGACAGGAAUCGCGGACGGCGAUGUGGCAGCGGCGGUGGCCGAGGAGGCCGCCAAGGGAGGCGGCGGCGGCUUCCACCCGAUCCAGCUCCUGACGGGAGUCACGGAGGGGGCCAUCACUGGCCUGCAUGACGUGCUUGCGAGCAUGGGGGUGCCCUCCGCCUACGGCAUCUCCAUCAUCUGCUUCACGCUCUUCGUCAAGGGCAUCACCUUCCCCCUCACGUACCAGCAGCUCUCGAGCACGACCAAGAUGCAAACUCUCGGGCCUAAGGUGAAGGAGCUGCAGGCGCGAUACGCCAACAACCCCGAGGCGGCCAACCAGGCGGUGCAGCAGCUGUACCAGACGGAGAACGUCAACCCCCUGGCGGGGUGCCUGCCCGCGCUGGCGCAGAUCCCUAUCUUCAUCUCGCUCUACAGGUCCUUGUUGAACUUGGCGAAGGAGAACAAGCUGACGGAAAGCUUCUUGUGGAUACCGAGCCUUGAAGGCCCCACGUUCGACUCCCCGCCCACCGAGAUGAUGAGCUGGAUCAAGGAUUGGUCAGACGGGGCGCCGAAGCUCGGCUGGCACGACACCAUCGCCUACAUGACCAUCCCCAUCAUCCUGGUCAUCACGCAGUCCAUCUCCACGCGGAUCAUGCAGCCGGCCAAGGACCCCUCCCAGCCGGUCGACGAGUCGCAGGCAGCGUCGCAGAAUAUCGUCAAGUUUUUGCCGCUGAUGAUUGGAUGGUUUUCGCUCAGCGUCCCUUCGGCUCUCGGGCUUUACUGGAUCCUCAACAACUUCAUCUCCACGGCAACGUCGGUGUUUAUCCGUAACCAGAUUGCCGACGAGACGGGCGACCCCAACAUGAAGGCGCCCAAGAUAACCCUGCCAUUCAUGGAGGAGGAGCCGGAGGUGGUGACGAUGCCGAUACCGCGAGAGGCUCUCCCUGACAGCGCUGUGGUGGAGGAGACGAAGGGAUUCGUGCCUACUCCAGCGACACUGGACGCGGAAGUGGAAGGGGAGAUCGUAAAGGAAGACGGGGCGCCGGCGCCCCCCGUAUCCGCGGCAUCUGCGAAACCCCCCAAGGGGUCAAAGAAGAAGAGGAAGAAGAAGAGGGCAAGGAAGUAA